GCAGCAUAAUGGUUCGAUUGGUUUGUGGGGAGAGAGGCAGAAGAAUCGAUGGUGUCUGGUUCAAUCCAAAAGCAACAUCAUGGAUGCAUUGGUUUAUGGGAAGAGAGGCAGAACGAUUUUGGGAAGGAGAGAGGUCCUUUCCCUCUUCGAUUUCCAGGCACAAAGA